UUUUGUACGUAAUGUCUUAAACUUCCAAGAAACUCUACUUAUAAAAUCACUUCAAAUCAAACUACAUUACUAUCUGGAAGUUGAAACAACUGACUAAACUCACCAAAGCAGCUGGGCUUGGAAAUUGCUUAUGUACUCGCAUCUUAAUGACCCCUUGCAUUCGUGGGUUCAGUGGUUUAUGAUAUGGCAAAUAAGUCGCCAAAGCGACCAACUACACUUCCUCUACAYACAAGCCAUAGAUGUUCCACAUUCAAAACCGACAAAUGGUCUCUAAGCUUGAAGGAAUUCAUGCCAGAGAUUUCUUUUCGAAGGACGUUGGCAGCUGUUCAAGGCCAUGACAGUUUAMGAGGAAUAAGAAAAUCAAAAAGUCUCCAAAUCAUCUUAACUAUAUUGAUAACUAUGCUAGUAAUAUUGUACAAGCCAAAUUUCUCUUUGCCUGGAAGGAGAGCUAGGCAUAUUUGUAAAGAUGAACAGGUUAUAUAUCUAAAUGGUAAAGUAGUUUGCUAUCGAGGGUCCAAGAUGAAGUAUUUGACUUACCAGCCUCCUGGCGGAGGAUGGAACAAYCAAAGAAUUGCCUUUGAAAAUGCAGUUAUACUAGCUAAGRUGUUAAAUAGAACAUUGAUUGUUCAUCCCAUGGCACUGCAUAGCAAGAGUCUUGACAUCAGRAAACGGCUCAAGUUUAGUUUAAACUUCGAGUCCUAUAAUGCUUUGGAGGGMGAUGCGUUGAUGCCAUURUCCAGCGUUAUCGACUUGCAUCGGUUGUCCAAGCUUAUUCCAGUCAAAGAGAUUCGUACCAAUCACAAUCAGUUUCGUAUGGAUUAUGCUCAUCUAUCGAAGAAAAUUGUUUGUCACAAUGGACUAACAGGUAUCUGGGUAGACUCCUUGCCAAGGAAUGAAGACAAAGCAUCAUGGGAAGCUCUACGACAAUUUACAAUAAACUGGACAAACCCGACAAAUAUUCCCAGCUACCGUAGAAUAUGUCUUAAAGACUCCAUUAAUGCAGACAAUACAACAUCUGUAUGGGGCAUCAUUGACGAGUUAUACAACCGAAACGAAGACAUUAUCUAUUUUGAUGAAGGAUCUAUGUAUUUCCGUAGAAUGUUCUUCUUUGACAAAGAAAGGACCAUUGACACACAUAAGUGGAUCUUCUGGUAUGUAACGUUUGCGCCUCCGAUAUGGCGUCGCUUACGUUAUUUCAAAAAACGYGUUCACUUUCCAUACAAUGCAAUACACAUACGCAGAACUGACCAUCCAACAAGUCAAUCAAUAAACCAAGACUAUUGGUUAUCUAAAUUAAAGCGAAGGCAGUUCUUGAACGUUUCAUCUACGCUUUACGUAGCGACCGACGAGAAAAACCUUGCGUGGUUUGAACCAUUCAGGGAAGCGGGAUUUAACUUAUUGUUUGCUACAAAUUUUUCGGAUAAUUUCGAGAGUGACAGCGUUCACAAAACGAUUCCUCAGGAUGUUAUUGGACUGACRGAGCAGUUAAUUUGUGCUCAUGCAGCUAAUUUUAUCGGGUCRUACUACUCGACAUUCAGUUUGUAUAUAAAGAGACUUCGUAAGCAGAGUUCCUGGCGAGGGCAGCUGGUGCAAAAUCCUUUUUUUGGAGUGACAUGGGUAGAGAAAUAAUAGCCAUAAAAGAGCAAUAUCGCAUAAGCAAUGUUUUGCAAAUGAUUUUUGUGACUAAAAAAAUAUGAUAAUGRGUGGAAACGUGCCUACAUGCUUCAAUGAAACAGCUGAAAACAACGUUCCUAUAUCUUUAUAGGAUUUAUGUCCUUAAAAACUUGUCCUACUUUAAUGCGACUUCUUGCCAAACACCUGUUGAACCUCCGAGCAMGCCUUCUGUCUCCAGCAUGUAAUAAGAGUUCUCCAGUGUCCCAACAGUGUGGUCGACUUGUGGCAAGUCUAUAAGAGUUCCUAUAGACUAUAUUUUGUCAAAUGUUAUUUUUUUCAACUUCACAAUAAAAAUYAGUUGACGUUGUUUUCAGCUGUUUCAUUGAAGAACGUAGGCACGCUCGCACUUAUUAUCAUAUUAUUUUACCCACAAAACUCAUUUGCAUGCAAAACAUUGCAUAUGUGAUAUCUCUCUAUGAAGCAAUGUACAACGACGUCAUUUUUUAGAACAAAGCAUAUUGGGUAAUGUAUUCAACGCCCUUUUUUAUGCUCUCUUAAUAAUCCUAUUAAAUUCGUUUCUAUAUUUYGUUUGCAAAAAUGUAAGUUGAUGUGAGAUUGCAGAAAAAGGGAUUCUGGGAUAGUUUAAAGGCCCAUGAUCAACCGGCGUUUAAUGCGAUMGUAUUUUAGAUUAAUUUUUCAUGUAUUGAAAAUGAAGUAUUAAAUUAAAUCCAUUCGCACUCGGUUUAAAUCUGUGAUCAAGAUCUUACAAUAUCUACACAAUUCCUAUAUUCUAAAGAUAAAAGAGCAAACUUUAAGUUUAGUAAGGGAUUAUGGUUGACCACAGCCUUUUAAGUGGACGUAAGAUAAAAAUGACGUCGUUUCAAAUUAUUAAAAUGAUGGGUUACCUGUGGUAUGACCGUAUCGGGAAGACUUGCUAAGACCAUUGUAGAAACCUCACGGAGAAAUAAAAUCUUUUAGGUUAUAUGGUGUAUAGUUUAUUCAAAGCUUUCCGGAACAUGAAGGAGUAAACGAAGCUAAAUCAUGGAUUCGAUAUCUCCAUGUGAGUUUUUUUUUUUUUUUGCAGAAACAGUUUUUUAUUUUAUUUUCUGUCGAAAAUUAGGUUCGUUUAAUUUUUGUGUGAAGUUAAUAGAGCAUGCGUAGAACGUUUCGCUUGCGUAGCCAGUGUUUAUAGAUCAAAUUUCCUGAUUUAUCGCUCAUAAUACAUCGAAAUACAAUGUCAAGGCUGUAAAUCAGUUAGAAUAUAAGUUGUAAGGUCUACACUAGUAGAUGUCCAGCAGUUUAAUAGAAUUUUUUUUUUACAUAACA